AUGGCAUCCCACCAACUCCUUGAAAGGUUAAAGAAGCGAGUCCAUCGAAUCCGAUUAGCCACGAUCAACAUCGGCACCUUCACCGGCUGCAGCCGCGAACUGGCCGACGCCCUCAAGACCCGCCGCAUAGACAUUGCAUGCAUCCAGGAGACCAGAUGGAAGGGGAGCAAGGCGAGGGACAUUGGAGAAGGCUAUAAGCUCUUAUACCAUGGCGUUAGGUCAAGUCAAAAUGGAGUUGGCAUGGCCAUUAGCAAGCGGUUACGAGAGAGUGUCGUCGAAGUCAACAACAUCUCUGAUCGCCUCAUCUCGGUCAAGAUUGUAUCCGGUCCGACCACCAUCAGAGUUGUCUCAUGCUACGCCCCUCAAGUGGGUUGCCUUGGUGAGGAGAAGGAUGCAUUUUGGGAGAGCCUCGACACGCACCUCCAGAUGGUCGCCCCGGAGAAGCACAUCCUGGUCGGAGGGGACCUUAACAGCCAUGUUGGGUCUGACCUUUCGCCACUGCUCUUCAUCACCUGCAUGGAUACGGCGACAGCAGAUCUGCAGGCGCCAUACUCUUGGUCCCUACUCUACGCUGUUGACGUAUUUCUCACUGGCAGGGAACGGCAAGACCUCCAAGACCAAACACAGCAUUGGAAAGAUCGUCUGGAUGUGAAUGGCCUGCAACUCAACCUCGACAAGACGGAGUACAUGGAAUAUGGCCCUCAGACUGAUGAUACCAUCAGGAUCGAAGGUAGAGACCUGAAGAAGGCCACCCAAUUCAAGUACCUUGGUUCCACCCUCUCGGCUGAUGGCGACAGUCUUCCAGACACAAGAUCAAGAGUCAACACUGCCUGGCUGAAGUGGCGCCAGGUAACUGGCGUACUCUGCGAUCGACGCAUGCCAAACCACCUCAAGGCGAAGGUCUACAAGACAGUCGUCCGCCCAGUUGCCCUGUAUGGGGCAGAGUGCUGGCCCGCAUCCACCAGGCAUGAACAGGCCCUUCAUGUAAUGGAGAUGCACAUGCUCAGGUGGACGUUAGGACUGACCCGAUGGGACCAGGUGAUGAAUGAGGACGUCAGGAAAAUUAUGGGUGUGACACCGAUCAUGGACAAGAUGAGGGAAGCACGCCUCCAAUGGUACAGCCACGCAGUCGGAGUCGAGGAGAGCACUGCGCCUCAACCCCGAGGGAAAAAAAAACCAUGCGGACGGCCAAAGAAAUGGUGGAUGGACCAGAUUAAGGAAGAUAUGAGGCACGUCAACACCACCCCCGAAGAUGCCCUUGAUCGGAAGAAAUGGAGAGCAACUUGCCGAAAAGCGGACCCUGCAACUACGUGGGACAAACACUAG